UAAAUUUUAUUAGACGUAACGCUUAAACGUACGAAAUUUAAGUGUGUACGAAAAAACUAUGUGAACCAAAAUAUUUAUGAAACACAUGGUUAUGUUGUGUAAAACUUAUUCCUAAACGAUGUCGCGCGAACCUUAAGUGCCGUUUGGAAAUAAAAUUGUUAAUCAAAUUAAUUAAAUAAUGCCAAAACGUCCAUGUCCGUUUGAGGAUGAUUUAUUGCCUCAAUUAAAAAUACACGUGGGUCAAAAACAAAUUAAUAACGGCGUGGGUCAUGAAGAACGAAUGAAAGAUGUUUAUGGAAAAACGUUAAAUUUAUUAAAGGAAGGUGUUAAAACACUGUCACAGAGAUUAAAUAGUUCUAUGGAAAUGAAUUCCACUGAUCUACCUUCACCACAAAUACUUUCCUCUUGCAAACCUAAACAUGAACGUAAUUCUAAGCAAAUGGUAUUGAACAGUAAAUUAGAAUUAUUGGGAAUAGAUAAAGCCAUACAAGAUACUCGACCAAAAUAUGAUCUUUGCGAAUGUAGUCAAGUAAUAACUUCAACUACGUGUAAUAAAUGUUCAUAUUGCGAUCAACAAUUGUGUAAUUCUUGUCUCUUCGAGUGCAUUAGUUGUUCAGAGUUAUUUUGUCAGAAUUGUUCUCUACCCGCGUAUGAUCGAGAAGAAAAAAACAAGUGCCUUAAUUGUUAUAGAUGAAACCAGCAAUGUUUUAUAUUAUUUUUUAUAAUUCAUAUUUGUUUUCUUUCUGCUAAUAAUAUGAAAAGAAAUGGAAAAAAUAAAC